AUGGCCUCUAGAUGUCAGCGUAGGAUCCUAUCGUGUUCGCGGUGCCGCAAACGAAAGUUGAAAUGCGAUCGGCGACUUCCGGCGUGCUCCCAGUGCCUGGCUGCCAACACUACGUGCAAUGGGAUUGCGGCCGGUUCUCAGACCGAGGUACCACGGAGCAUUGCACAUCACCUCGAGUCCGAAAUCGCCAGACUAGAAGCUGCAUUAUUUGAAAGCGGGCAGCUCGAUGAUGUCCAAGCUUCCGAUAUUCUACUGCAGAUUCCCGUAGCGGGUGCAUCCCGGAGCAGUCAUGGCCAAGUCGGAGAUCCGCUACACCUGCCGGCCCCCGAGCCGAGGCCUCCAUCAUCACAUAACACGGACACUGGGAGGGUCCUCAAGAUCCGAGAGUCAAUUCUGACGUCGGCACCCCUGCACUCGAUUGUUCAUGCCACCAUGCCUCCCGAUUCCGGGGCCACGGAGCUGCUUUCAAGGGUACGCAUGGGCAUGACUCCGUCGACCGCCCGGAUCGGCGACAUCACCGGGACCCUGUCCACCGGCAGUUACCGGCCUGUCACGAGCAAUGUUUUACCCGGUAUUCAUGUUCUUCAAAGUAUGCCAGUCGACAUUGUUCACAGGCUUAUGAUGAAGUAUCUUGACACUAUUCAUCCAGAGAAUCCUUUUCUCACCAUUUCCGAUAUCCAUGCCCACUUUGGUCAUGUUGUUCAGAUUCUACUUUCGCCGGAUCCUGGUCCGGUGGAGGCGAGUUAUGAUCUACUCGUUGUCUAUCUGAUUCUCGCCAUGUCACUCACCCUCGCCGCGUUUGGCAGUCGACAUGAAGAGCGAUGCACGGCCUUUUCCAUGUCCGUCUUUAAAGAAGGCGUUCAAAAUCUCUAUGGCUUGUCCUCUUUCCCUUCAGAGAUUGCCCGUUUGCAAGUCACCUUGUUGAUUCUUCACUAUGCCACCGUCUUUCCCCGUCUAGCCAAUGUAUGGGUACUUUCUGGAGCGGCUAUGCGAUCCUGUCUGGAAUUGGGUUUACACCGCGAGUUGCCGGCAUCGAUAGGCUCGGUAGAUUCGCAAACGCUGCAUCUCCGCCGUCGCGUUUUCUGGGCUGCCUAUUGCAUGGACCGAUCCAUAUGCUCGGCCCUGCAACGGCCAGUGUGUAUCCCCGAUGUUGCCAUUGACGCAAAGCUACCAUCGGCAUUAUCAGCCGACGACGACAUUGACGACUCGUUCCUGGGCUCAAUUUCGUAUCACCGACUUCUUUCCGAGAUGCUUCAUGUUCACUACCAGGGCGAGAGCAUUCCAUCAGACCUUUCUUGGGAUGACUGGCUAGCCGACAUGGAGACCCGACUUCGAGAUUGGCACAACAUGUACAGGCCCAAUGCCUCGCACCAAGCCAUGACUGAAUUCAACAUGGCUCGUGGACUCAUGAUUUUGCAUCGUCCAUCUCCCCGUCUGCCGAUGCCGUCGCCAUCAUCACUCCUCAUUGCCUUUAAAUCAGCAUCUACCGUGGCUCGCACAUACCGUGAGCAUAUGAGGGCGCGUUUCUUCUGUCGGCCGUGGCUAUCUGCACACUUUACCCUCGAGGCUGCCACUGUCGUGCUCUUUUGCCUGCGUCAUGGCAAUGCGGCCAUCAUCGAGUAUUUCACUCCGGCUCAGAUAUUCAAAAUGACAAAACUGUUUACACAAAACUUUCUCGACAUUGCAGCCCAGGGCGGUGGUUGGCCCGAGAUUAAUGCCUAUGCCGGCACAUAUGAGCGGUUAUUGUGUCCCUUGCUGGAGCGCGUUUUUCUUCAUAGCUCUACCCUGAGCGACGCAUUUGGUCCUGCACAAGAUGCCGAGCUGCUACGAUUACUGUAUCCAGAUCCAGCGCAUUUGGAAAAGCUACGAUUUGGAGACGGGCUACCCGAGGCAUCAGACGACUUGGCUUCAUUUGACUUUGACCUGUUUAUGGCUGAUGACAAUUUUUGGGAAGCAUCAGUAGAAAUGCCUGGUGACACGUAA